AUCCACAAGCUGAUAACUGAUGUUGUUGUCCGCUGGAACAGUGCCUAUGAGAUGAUCAGCCGGUUUCUUGAGCAACAGCCAGCUGUUACUGCUGCCCUCUUAUCUCCAGAGGUCAGAAAGAAUACCACUGACAUCUCUACCCUGACUGAUGGAGACAUCAAGAAUGCAGAAGAGGUUGUGAAAGCCCUCCAUCCAAUGCUGGUAGCAACAAAGAGCAUGUGUGAGGAGAAAAGUCCAACUGUUUCCAUCAUUGCUCCUCUUCACGCCCAACUUCUGAGCAACACACUCAGCACAAUUGAGGAUGCCCCUCUCGUCAAGGACAUAAAGUGUGCCAUCCAUGGAGACCUAUCAAAGCGCUACAUGUCUGCAGAGGAGAAAAACUUCCUCUACGUUGCCUCCGCCUUAGACCCCAGGUUUAAGUCGAUGCUCUUCUUUGUCGCCUUCAGAAGUGCAGGAGACGAUGCCAUGGUUGUGUCCAAGGCUGCUGCCCUGAUGGGGAAUGCAGAUGUGGGAAUGCAGUCUGAUGGUAAUGUAGAGGAGGGAGGAAGCACUGAAGAGAGUGGUCCUGCUGAUGACACCAGUGAUGAGGACCGACCACCACACACACCAAAAAAAGGAGAUCCGCACUUGCAAACCUCCUUGGACAAACAUUCCAGCAUGCCAGAUCUUACCUGACCCCAUCAUCAUCACCUAACUCCAAGGCUAAAAAGGAGGUUCAGCAAUAUCAAGAAUCCUCACCUCUACCACUGUCAGAUGAGCCGUUGGGUUGGUGGAAAUCUGAGGCAUGCAAGUACCCACACCUUGCCAAGCUGGCCCAGAGGUACCUGUGUGUGCCAGGGACUAGCGUGCCAUCAGAGAGAAUCUUUUCUACCACCGGUGACAUAAUCUCUGCUCAGAGGUGUGCUCUUACAUCUGAGCAUGCUGAUCAGUUAGUUUUCCUCAAGAAGAAUAUGCCUUGAUGUGUCCACCGUUUACAGUAACUUACUACUGACGUUUCAGUAUUAUGGUUUACACAUGUUAAUGUUCAUGUUGUUUUGUAAUGUUCAUGCACUUUUAUCUGUCUAGAUGUACAGUGUUUACAUUUAAGACCAGGAGGCAGUGAGUUAUGCAAAUGCAUAUUUCUUUGCACAAUGUUGGAAAUGUUGGCAUUAAUAAAUGCAUAAAAUUUCCUUAUUUCCUUAUUCCUUCUUUUUCUUUUCAGUCACAUAUAUCGUGAUAUAUCGUUGAUGAAAUUUUUUCCAAUAUAUUCAAUAUCGUAGAUAUCGCGAAUCGUGAUAUUAUCAUAUCGUGGACCACAUAUUGCCACAGAAUUGAAUCGUGAGGUACCUGUAUCG